AUGGCAGACUCCAAGAGUGGAAGGCCGCGUGUCUACUUUGACAUCACCAUCGGUGGUAGGAAGGAAGGUCGCGUAGUCUUUGAGCUGUUCAACGAUGUCGUUCCCAAGACUGCCGAGAACUUCCGUGCGCUAUGUACAGGCGAGAAGGGCAAGGGCAAAUCCGGCAAACCUCUGAGCUACAAAGGAUCGAUCUUCCACAGAGUCAUCAAGAGCUUUAUGAUUCAAGGCGGUGAUUUUACUAAUUUUAACGGCACCGGAGGCGAAUCCAUCUAUGGCGAGAAAUUCGAUGACGAGAACUUCGAAUUGAAGCACGAUCGCCCAUUUCUAUUGUCAAUGGCAAAUUCUGGUCCUGGCACAAAUGGCUCUCAAUUCUUCGUCACCACUGUCCCUACACCCCAUCUCGACGGUAAACAUGUUGUGUAUGGCGAGGUCAUCAACGGAAAGAACAUUGUUCGGAAGGUUGAGAAUUUGCCCACACAAUCAGACAAACCGGCACAGGAUGUGGUGGUCGAAGAUUGUGGUCAACUCGAUGGAGAGGCUUAUAGUACAGCCACUCAGAAAGCACCAGAUUCGACCGGUGACCCAUAUGAAGAUUUCCCAGAUGAUCAGGGUGAAGGUUUGAAGGGUGAGGAAUAUUACAAGAUUGCAUCGGAUCUGAAGGAAUACGGCAACAAGGCAUUCAAGAGCGGAGAUGUCGAGACGGGUAUCGAAAAGUACCAGAAAGCUCUUCGGUAUCUUAAUGAGUACCCAGCAGCCAACGACAACGAUCCAAAAGACCUACAGACCAAUCUUGACCUUUUGCGAUUCACCUUGAACAGCAAUUCGGCCUUGCUAGCGAACAAGUCGAAGAGAUACGAUGAAGCUCAGAAAUGGGCAGGGUUUGCCAUCGAUGCAAUUCCCAAAGACGCAAAGGACACAGACAAGGCGAAAGUGUAUUUCCGACGAGGACAAGCUCUUGUGGCGACCAAGGAUUUGGACUCGGCGUUGAAGGAUUUCGAACAGGCGGCUAAGUUGGCACCCGAAGAUGCGGGAAUCAAGAACGAACUGGCCAAGACGAAGAAGGCCCUGCAAGAUAGCAUCAAGAAGGAGAAGGAGAGCUACAAGAAGUUCUUCAGCUAG